UGGGAGCCCCUUGCGGUACGCUUGAUGCCACCAACGCCGAUUGUAGAGCUCCCAAGUGCCAAGACAAUAUCCUUCAGCUGGGAGUUCUUGCAAGAUCACCUCAAAGGCGAACACUGGUCACCUGCAUUCUACUUCGUCGCUUCAGGCUCCGGAAAGUUAGGCAGUACGAAGGCUUACUGGAUGCUCGAAGGCGAGUACGAGCCUUUCGUCCCCAGUGCACCUGGCCAACAUGGCGCGAAGAUGACACCUUUCUUCAAUGGUACAUAUUCCGAGCGUGGACAGGCGCCGACAGAGGAGGAUUACAAGAACACUCCGGUCUUCAUUCGGCGGCAGGGGGAGGCCGGCUACGUGUACUUUGGCCAAUAUAGCCAACUACGCUACAGUGACAAGCUGGACUUCGACCGUGUGAUGGAGACUGUGCCACAGAAGGUGCGCGAGUACUGGGCCGACCUGCUCACAGAGCCAGAUCGUCCUGAGUGGAUUACCAAGGCGCUCAUGGAGCAUUACUGGCCCAAACCCACCUACCUUGGUCCGAUACCGACGGAUUCGACUGUCAACACACCUACCUCAGAGGCUCCGGUGAACAAUGCUAACGGCGUAGUGCUGGAGAAGGGAGUGAAGAAAGCGCUCGAGGAGCACGCGCUUGAGCUCAAGGUGUGGGAGAAAGACGCGAGGAUGAAGGUGAGCAAGCUUACGAAACAGGCUGUGUUGAAGUCCUUCGAGGGUGCAGACGCAGACGAGCUGCCGGGCUUGAGGCUCUGGUGGGAGUAUCUGCAGUACGUAGGUUACGAUCAAGCUUUCUAUGAAGAGCUGGUG